AUGGCAUACCUACCGCCGAUCCACACGCUGUGGGAGCACACGUCGCACCCAUCGAAAGGAGCCUGGUCGCGAUCCCCCUCGCCGGAGCCCGUCCACCACGAAGCCACAGCAGGUACCCAAGCAGGUCCGAGUACGCAGCUGACGCCCGCUCGCCAGGCGGCCGUGCAACGUCGACUAAUACGUCAGUCAACGCGUGGCGACCACCUGCCUGCGCGGACACGGAGCGCGGAGCAAGCGCGCAUGCUUCGUGCGCUCAAAGGCUUCCCGCCCAUUGGCAGCUCAGCAGAUGCGGACCAGCUAAGCGACUUGGAGGAGUCAAUCGAAGUGGGGAAGUACCAGAUGGUGCGCUUCGGCGAGCGGUACAUUGUGCAGAUCGGAAGGCGUCGCACCAUGCGCGAGGAGGAGCUUUCCAACGAGGAAGACGAUGGUCGCCGAGCGGCCAUGUCGGCCGUCGAUACCGGCCUCUCCAUCGGCGCAGAGGGAGCUGUACUGACUGCAGAGGAUGGUUCGGUGCUCGCCGAUAACGAGAGCGGCUCCAUCCCCUUCGUGGGCGGGCAUACGGGUCACGCAGCACAGGCGGCGCUGGAACAACGACAAAUUGCGGAAGCGGAAAGAAGAGCGAGGGAAGCUGAGGCAGAGGCCAACAGAGCGGCAGCAGCAGCGGAAGCAGCACGCAGCCAGGCCGAGCGCCAGGCGGCUUUCCAGGAGGAGGAGGACGCGGUGGAUCUAGAUGGUGACAUCGAGGAUCUAGAUGAAGGCGACGAAGACGUCGACUUUGAUUGA